CAGCACGGUGAAUCUGGCUCUGCAGACUCUCAGAAGAACAUGAUCAUCAGACUCAGUAGGCCUAUGUGAGAAAUCGCGUUCAUGUUUUUAUCUGAAGACAUAAUUGGGAAAGGCAUUCAUAACUUCUGUCUACUAUAGGUAGCUACUGAAAAAAAUCACUACUACAUCUGUAUCUGCACAGAAACACAGAAAUGUGCACAAACUAUUUAUUAUAUUAAUACAAUAAUACAUUGUAUACUUGUGAAUGAACAAUACUUUUAUUUUAAAAGACAAACUGUAAACAAUUCUGAAGUGGUGUCUGUUGGUUAUCCUGAAUGUGAUGCUGCUUCUCUUCUGUAACUGACACACUGACUGACGUUUUAUACCAGUCACUGUGUGUUUCUCCUCUGCUCUGAGACUCCCUCUCCCCCCUCGCUUCGUGCUAAACUAAAGUUUGGAGCUGCCGCCGGCUGGUCUUCAUUGUGCUGCUGGUGCACAGAAUAGAAAACACACCGAGGAGUAAAAAUAGAUUCUUUCUCGGUCUGGAGUGAUGUUUGAAAAGACUGCUGGGUCAUAAGGACGGGCGAGAUGUUGCUGAGGGUUUCGACUGUUGGCUUUUACCUUCUGCAUUAGGACAAGUAGCCUGAAGUUCCACUCUUCUUCCUCCCAAUAAAUGAACGAUGAAGAAGAUGAUGAUCCAGGCCUCCUGUAGGAAGGGUCUGCAGGUGUGUUUGUACUUACUGCUGGUGGGAAGAUUACAGGGCCGGGUAACAGCACCUGAGCGUCUGGAAGCUCCAGUGGAGAAGCCCUUCACUCUCACUUGCAGCGUUGUGAGGGACCGAGGAGAGACUCUAAGGCAGGUGCGUUGGCUGGAUGGCCAGAACCAGACCCUUCUGAGCUACCAGCCCGGUGACAAAGACAGUGUGAGUGGACAGCAGUAUGUGGAGCUGGCCAUCUCUCCGAAAGACACCUCGGCUAUCAUCAUCCGAAGGGUGGGCUUCCGUGACGAAGGCUGCUACACCUGCAUCUUCGACAUGCAUCCUUCUGGUUCAAAACAGGGCCAGACGUGCCUCACUGUGACCGCGCAUAUUUCCGCUGAAGGCAACAAAACAGCAGUGAGUGGCAAGAAGGCCUCUCUCUCGUGCUCCUAUGGAUUGCCUGAAAAGGUGGGGCAGAUAACAUGGAGACACACCUCUGCACAAGGAGAAGCCACAGAGGUCGCCUCCUUUGCAAAGCGCAGUGACCCCAUGAUAGAGCCUCCGUUCCAGGGGAGAGUGUGGCUGAGCGCCUCCCUGUCCGACAGUAAGCUCACCAUCCAGCCGGUCACCAUCCAGGAUGAAGGCUGCUACACCUGCCUGUUCAACACACUACCCGAUGGGCCGAAGACCUCCACAGUUUGUCUCGCCACCUAUGUGCUGCCCAAACCUCAGGUGAGCUACAAGACCACGUCUCCAGGUGUGAUCGCAGCCAACUGCACCUCAGUGUCGCGGCCCCCGGCAGAGAUAGUGUGGAACGUGGAGAGGGAUAACCGCACCAUGGGCCCCCCGUUGACAACACAGAUCCCACAGAGCGACGGGACCACUCUGGUCAUCAGUACGCUGACCGUCCAAUCAGGGCUGCUGAAAGACGUGUCCAUCAAAUGCUUGGUGCACCACAAAGGCCUUGAGUCACCGAUUGCUGUAUCCAUGAACACUAAAAUUGGUACGGCUCUCACUAUCCUGAUCUCCGUCACUACGGUGGCUGCCCUGUUGGUCAUGUCCCUCUGCUUCUGCCUUUGGAAGUGUUUCUUACGCAAAGAAGCCGAUUAAUCUACAAGAUGAGACCAGUGGCUGAAAAGAAAAGGCAGUGUUUUUCAGAGCCGACCUUGCAUCAUCAUCAUCAUCAUCAUCAUUAUCUAGGUACGAAGGAAAGAUGUCCUGACACACCUUUAUAGGAUGUCAUACAAUCCUAUUCAUGAAUGCCAACUGUACAACGACAUUCAUCUCUGCUCUUCUGCAUCUGACUCUUAUAUAAUCUCCAGGCUCUCCUCACAUGAAGUCAAUGAGGAAAUGCUGAGCAGAUAAUGUUUUAUCUCUGGCUCUUUAAUUGAUUGAGUCCAUGACCACACUCUCGAUAUUGCACAGCAUACAAAACCUUGCAUAUCCCUAAAAUACUUUCCUCAGUUUGUCCCUUUCUUUUACGUAGUUCUGAAAAGAUAUGGUUGGUAUUGUUCUAUUUUUUCAUUUUUAAGACUUAAACCAACAAUGAUCAACUACUAAAAGUCUGAAAUAUCAUACCCCUGCAUUGUUGCCUAAAAACGAUUAAAACAAAAUACUGAGCAACAUGUUGUACCAGUGACCAGAACACUGACAUUUUUUGUGUUGUGUGCUUAUUUCCGGCUGGAUACUCACUAUUUAUAAGUAACAUUUACUUAAAACUACAGUGACCAGCUAUUCAUUUUAAAAUGUAUUCAUACCUUAUUCUUCAAGGAUAACAUCUUAGUUAGUUCCCAACCAAACCAGUAUUGUAGAGGUUGACUUAAUGUGUUACAUUGGAUACUAGGAAAAAUACAGAAUAUUACCAGCCUUAUCCUUUACAGUUAAUAACAUAGCUUAUCGAAAUUAUGAGCUAAUCAUUAAGGUUUUACUUCCUGUACCUCAGCCGAAGACCUCCUUUGUAUAUCCUCUGUGUAUUGUUAAAUCUGGGCGGGGUCUUCAUUUGUUCAGCUAGGCCUGCAUACCUACUGCAUGCCUAUUGCAAACUUUUCGACAUGUUUCAAAGUGUGUGUGUGGGUUGGAGAGAGAGAGAGAUUAUGUGUGUGUGCUUGCGUGUGUGUGUGCGUAUUUGUUUGAGGUUCAAUUCCACGGUCAUAUAUCUUGAAUCAAUUCCCCUGGGGAGUAACACUGAAACCUUGUUGGUGCCCCUGACAGGAAUGCAUGUCUACAUCUUAGAUUCAGGACAGUUUGUGUCUGUGAAGAUGUGAUGAUGAGUUUACAGGUUGGGUAGCGGCUUAGCUUCGAGGGCUUAAUGCCUCAAACAUGAUGUUAUGACGCUUUUCGGAUAUAUCAUGUUUGUAUGUGUACAGGGAUAUGAAGAAAUGUAAGCUUUGGACCCCUCGGUAGCUCAUCUGGUUUUGCGUGUGACUCAAAUACCACAGUCUUACAUUUGCUACUAUCCCCCCCCCCUCUACCUUUCUCUCUAUGGUUGCUCUGUCAGUUAAAGGCAGACUCAAAUAUAACCUAUAGUUAAAAGAUGAAAGUAUCUUGUAUAUCAAAGAAAAUGAAGGUAUGAACAGAAUGACAUGCAGGAUGUUUGAGAUUUCAAACAUAUUGCAUAUAUCGGGCAUACCACAUUCCUCCCCCUGAAUUCAAGUUUAGACAGCCUUCUUUAUAUGCAUAGUUCAGAGUUUACAUUAACAUAAUUCUGAAAUGUGGUUUAAGAAAAUUUAUUAAAAAGCAAAUCAAUGCAGCAUGGUAUCUAUCUGGAGCUACAGUCACGAAUAGAAGAAGAAAUGAAUAUGAAGCGAUGCGUUAUGACCAGUUUAUAUAAUAAAUGCAACAAAUAGAAUAAUAAAUACAUAUGAAAAUGU